AUGAGUGAUUUUGAGGAUGACCCUUUAAAUAUUGGAGGUCCGCCCCGUAAAAUUCAAAAAAUUCAACAUCGUGCUCAAAAGUUUCGGAGAGAAUGGUGUUCUUCUGCUGACUUCAAAGAUUGGUUAAUUCCCGAUGAAAAUGACGUCUUCAAAGCUAAAUGUAGUCUCUGUAAGUCGUCAAUGAUCGCAGAGUUGUCAAACAUAAAAAACCACGGAAAAGGCAUUAAACAUAAGCAAAUAGUGACUGCAGGAACAGUAAAGCAAACAUCGAUUUCUACUUUCGUACAUACAGACAAAAAUUUGAAAUUAAAAAGUCAAAUUCAAAGAGCUGAAAUUAAAAUUGCCGCCUUUAUAUCAGAGCACAAUGUUGCAUUCUUAGCAGCCGAUCAUCUACCUGGUUUAUUAAAAGAUUGCUUUCCUGAUUCAGAAAUUGCAAAAGGUAUCUCAACGAAAAGAACGAAAACAACAGCCAUUAUUAAAAAUGUCAUUGGUAAUUCUGCGAAAGAAGAGUUAACAGAAUCAUUAAAAAAUAAUAAAUUUAGUAUCUUAACAGACGAGUCCACCGAUAUCGGAACAGUAAAAACUUCUUGUGUAGUUGUCAGAUUAUUCGAUAAAAGUAUUGGUAAGAUUGUUAGCAAGUUUUGGGACUUGCAUCCAGUUUUUAACUCAUUAAACCCAGGCUCAGCUACAGCUGAAAAAUUGUUUAAUUUAUUAAUGGAAUCUUUUUUGACUUCAAUAUUCCUGAAAAAAAUAUGA